AUGAAACGGAAUAUUUGCUGGACCUCACGUGUUUCUUUGCUAUUCUUCUUUCUUUGUUUAUUUGGUGUUUGUUUAUGUUGUGUGGAGUUGAGACCAAAAAGAGAUGAGAAGUGUGUAAUCAUUCUCAGCUUUUAUUGCUCAGUCUCUUUCUGUUUUGUUAACGCUUUUCUUUUUUUUUUUUUAUUGACCUUCCUUAACUUUCGUUUUUAUUUUAUAAAAAAAAACAAAAAAGAAGAAAUUAUAUCUAUCUUUCUUUCCUUUUCUCUUUUUUUUUUAUAUCCUCUUUUCGUACAAUUCCACUGCCCUUUCAAUCUCUUUUACCCUUUCUUUUUCUUGUUGUUGUUCCUCUUUCCCACUUGUGUGAUGAUAUCAUAUACGCUGCCUAUUUACAACUAUUUUUUUUUCCUUCUUAUUUCUCUCUUUUUUACUUUUCUUUUAUUUUUUUUUUAA